CCUUCCUCAUUCUCCAUCAUCCCCACUUAAUUUCUUUUCGGCCUUAUCUCUAUCCUCUGCAACUUUCUCUCUCUCUCUCUCUCUCUCUCUCUCUCUCUCUGUCUUUCUCUCUGGUAGUGUGCAGAUUGAUGACAAGUAACCCCUUUACGUGGAAGCCUAAGAGGAGGAGAAGACGAAGAGGACAAGGGUGACUCAAUCGCCGCUUCAGGGGCCUUCUUGUUUCGUUUUAGUUUAAGCUUUUUUCGGUACGAGAAGGUGAAUACAAAUGGAGGUUUUGGUGGGUCCCGCGUUCACCAUCGACGUUCCGGCGGACGGGAACUCCGAAGAUCGGAUCUUUCUUAACGGGUCACCGGAAAAUGACCGCUCGAACUUCCGGAUCUCGGGGCCGCCCAAGUUCUUCGCCGGCGGCGAGUCGGAGAGUUCGUCGUCGAUCGGAACCCCCGACGACAGUGACAACGAGGAGGAAGAAGUGCAGAGCAAGUUGAAGAUACGAACUGGGUUGGGGUCUUUGGAUGCCAUGGAAGAUUCUCUUCCCAUCAAGAGGGGAUUAUCCAGUCAUUUUGAUGGAAAAUCGAAAUCGUUCUCAGAUCUGUCGCAAGUGAGUACUCUGAAGGAUUUGAAGGAGUUGCAGAAGCAAGAGAGUCCUUUCAACAAGAGAAGAAGGGUUCUGAUUGCAUCAAAGUGGUCCAGAAGAUCAUCUUUCUAUUCCUGGUCCAACCCACAAUCCAUGCCUCUUUUGCCUGUGGAUGAGGAUCGUGAUGACGACGAUGAUGACGAAGACGAAGAGGAAGAAGAAGAAAAAGCAAGAAAAGUUCCCUCCGCUUCUUCUUCUUCCUCUUCCUCCUUGGCCGAGGAAAAAAAACCUGAAGAUCAAGUUCAGCUUCGACUCAACAGAGUACCAGAAUCUUAUGCUGCUCACAUGAGGCUCAGACUCGGAAGCUUCAAAGCAAGGAGCUUUUCGCUUGCAGAUCUGCAGGAGCACGAUGACGAGGAAGAAGAUGAAGAUUAAUUGACAUUUAAUUAUAACAUAGGCUGUUUUUUUUUCUUUUCUUCUUUUUGCUGUUUUGGUUUAUUCUUUUGUUAUUGUUGUUACUAAAUAAAAUUAAAUAGUAUGAAGUAAAAGUAACUAUGUGAAAAACAAAAACUUGUCUUUUUACUUUAUGUUGAAAGAAGAUGAGUUUUGUUAAGGAAUAUACAGUGCAUAUCCUGUAGGUGUGUUGUAGGAAAGUAAGUAAUGAAAUGAAAGCUUUAGUUUUGUGUGAUGAA